AUGCUGAAAAUGGAAAUCGAAUGCCCUAGGCCUUGCCUGUUUCGUCAUUCAUUUCUCCGGACCUCACUGUCGUCUUCAUUGUCGCCGUGAUCGUCGUCGGCGUUCCUUCACAGCAGAGUCCUCGUCUUCGGCGGUUAUACUUGGGUCUUCGUUCGCGGUAGAUGUGGCCGAAAACUCUCUGACCUGUGCAAUUCAGUCUUCUUUACUAAACACAGAACCUCCAUUUCUAAAGCAUUUGUGCCACCUCAAUGAGAGGAAACGUUGGAUUUGGAACAAGGCUGCCAAACACCAAUACCUCCCAUGCCAGGCAAACACUGAUUCCAUAUUCAACUUUCUCCAAUUCUGGUGCAGGUGGUGGCCGUGGCCGUGGUGGCCCUCCCUCCAGCACAGGGCAUAUUGACUUCAGUGGACGAGUUCUGGGUAAGCCUGUCCCUGAUGAGUCAAAAUCUGACUCACCUGAGUCACCUGUUCUUCCUGGAUCUGGACCUUCUGGUCUCGGUCAUGGCCGAGGCAAGCCCCUUCCUCCACCAUCCUCGGGUCACCCUUCAUUCUCAUCAUUUUUGUCUUCUUUAAAACCACCACCUGCAGGCCGUGGCCAAGUUACUAGCCCACCGGUAUCUCAACCUACAAAUGAUUCAGGGCCUAAAAAACCUAUGUUCUUUAAAAGAGAUGAUAGUGGUAGUCCAUCAGUUGAAUCUAGGCCCAAUAUUUCUAGCAUUGGCAAUCGUGAGGUUAAUAAUAGACUUCUGGGGAAUAUGGCGGGGGUGUUGUCUGGACUUGGGAGGGGAAAGCCAAUGAAGCAACCUGAUCCAGAGAACCAAGUCAAGGAAGAGAAUCGGCACCUACGUUCCCGGCAAACUCUAGACACCACCACAUCUAGGACUGUGUCUAAGAGUCAGCCAGUACUAAGUCGGGAGGAUGCAGUGAAGAAUGCACGGAAAAUUUUAUCACAAGUAGGGGAUAAAGGAGGUACUGCUGGUAGGGGAAGAGGAGAAUUUGCAGGUGGGGUUGGUCAAGGUAGAGGCCAGGGCCGUGGACGAGAUGGAAGGGAAAGGUUCACAUGGAGGGACAGAGGAGAAAGGGAUGGUCGGGAUCAGCGUAUUGAUGAUACCUCUUCAAAAGGAAUUUAUGUUGAAGAUCCAGAUGAUAGUGGUGAGAAGUUAGCCGAGAGGGUUGGGCCUGAGGUGAUGAAUCAAUUGGUUGAAGGAUUUGAGGAGUUGGCUGAUAGAGUUUUACCCUCACCGUUGUAUGAUGAAUAUUUGGAUGCACUGGACGUAAAUUGUGCGAUAGAAUUUGAACCAGAAUAUUUGAUGGGUGAGUUUGAUAGGAAUCCAGAUAUUGAUGAGAAACCACCAAUUCCACUAAGAGAUGCACUUGAGAAGGUGAAGCCAUUCUUGAUGGCAUAUGAAGGGAUUCAGAGCCAAGAAGAGUGGGAGGAAAUAAUGGAAGAGACAAUGGUGAAGGUUCCAUUGUUGAAGAAGAUUGUUGAUCACUACAGUGGACCAGAUAGGGUGACUGCAAAGAUGCAACAAGAAGAAUUAGAAAGAGUAGCUAAAACUCUUCCUCAAAACACACCAUCUUCUGUGAAGCGAUUUACAGAUCGUGCUGUUCUCUCUCUUCAGAGCAAUCCAGGCUGGGGAUUUGACAAGAAAUGCCAGUUCAUGGAUAAGCUAGUUUGGGAGGUUUCUCAGCAUUACAAAUGAGCUCUUAAUUUGCCCUUUCGGUUGCAUGCUUUUGUUUCGAGGUUUACAAUAUCAUCAUUUGUCGUUUGGGUAAGUUCUCUUGGAGCGCUUCCUCUAGCUGAAUUCAUUUGUUUUUUUCCCCUUUCCGGAAAAGAUAGUGCUAUAAAUUUUGUAAUAAUCUGUACGUAUAACAUAUGCCUUUCUUAGCAUCGUUGCAUUUUUUGUUGGAGAUAUUCCAGUGCUACUGAAAAAGUAAUAAUUAUUACGGGCCGUAUCAUCUAGCUGAUUUAAAUUUC